UAUUGCGCCUGUCUGAGCAGUGGGAGGGGGAAAUCUGCGGCUGUGAGCUCGGACUCCCGUGGAAAUAUCAUCUCACCCCUGAAAACACACCAGCUCCGGGAAGCAGAGGCGGACGGAGCGCAGGUCUGUUCACUGGAAACGCGUCCAAGUUUCAUUUUUACGCACGGAACGAAAAGGACAGAAACAUGCCCAAAGCGGUCAAUGUUCGCGUCACCACCAUGGACGCUGAGCUGGAGUUUGCCAUCCAGCCCAGCACCACCGGCAAGCAACUGUUUGACCAGGUGGUCAAAACCAUCGGCUUACGUGAAGUCUGGUACUUUGGACUUCAGUAUAUGGACGGCAAAGGUUAUUACACCUGGUUAAAGCUGGACAAAAAGGUGUCUUCCCAGGACGUCAAAAAGGAAAACCCGCUUCAGUUCAAGUUCCGGGCUAAAUUCUUCCCAGAGGACGUGUCCGAGGAGCUGAUCCAGGACAUCACCCAGAAGCUGUUCUUCCUGCAGGUGAAGGACAGCAUCCUGAGCGACGAGGUCUACUGCCCCCCGGAGACCGCCGUCCUGCUGGCCUCCUACUCCGUCCAGGCCAAGUUCGCAGACUACAACAAAGAAGUCCACAGACCCGGGUACCUCCUGUCUGAGCGCCUGCUGCCACACAGAGUCUUGGAGCAGCACAAAUUAUCCAAAGAGCAGUGGGAGGAGAGGAUACAGGUGUGGCACGAGGAGCACCGUGGGAUGUUGAAGGAGGAUGCUAUGCUGGAGUACCUGAAGAUCGCUCAGGACCUGGAGAUGUACGGCGUCAACUACUUUGACAUUAAGAAUAAGAAGGGCACGGAGCUGUGGCUGGGAGUGGACGCACUGGGACUCAACAUCUACGAGAAGGAUGACAAAUUGACCCCAAAGAUUGGCUUCCCUUGGAGUGAGAUCAGAAACAUUUCCUUCAACGAUAAGAAGUUCAUCAUCAAGCCCAUUGACAAAAAAUCUCCAGACUUUGUGUUUUACGCCCCGAGACUGCGAAUAAACAAGCGCAUCCUCCAGCUGUGCAUGGGCAACCACGAGCUGUACAUGCGUCGCCGUAAGCCCGACACGAUUGAGGUGCAGCAGAUGAAGGCUCAGGCCAGAGAGGAGAAGCAACAGAAACAGAUGGAGAGGGCUCAGCUGGAGACAGAGAAGAAGAAACGAGAGGCCAUCGAGAAAGAGAAGGAGCAGAUGGAGCUGGAGAAGCAGGAGCUGAUGCUGAGACUCUACCAGUUUGAGGAGAAGACCAGGAAGGCAGAGAAAGAUCUGCAGGAGCAGCUCCAGAGAGCCCUGAUGCUGGAGCAGGAGCGGAGGCGAGCGGAGGAGGAGGCUGCCCGUCUGGAGUCUGAGCGCCAGGCCGCCCUGCUGGCCAAGGAGGAGCUGGCCCGCCAUGCUGAGGACCAGAAGAAGAGCCAGGAGCAGCUGGCUGCAGAGCUAGCAGAGCACACCGCCAAGAUCUCCCUGCUGGAGGACGCCAGGAGACGCAAGGAGGAGGAGGCCAACUCAUGGCAGAUGAAGGCCAGAGAGGCUCAGGACAACCUGGUAAAGACCCAGAAUGAGCUGCAGAUGGUGAUGACGGCGCCUCCACCACCCCCGCCGCCCCCCAUGUAUGAGCAGCUGGACGAGAACAGCGACAGCGAGGAGAACUCCAGUACGCACAGUGCUGACCUCCACCUUACUGAAGGCAUCAAUGACCACCGCCAAGAGGAGGAUCGCCUGACUGAGGCCGAGAAGAACGAACGUGUGCAGAAGCAGCUGAAGGCUCUGACCUCGGAGCUGGCUCAGGCCCGCGAUGAAUCAAAGAACACCCAGAAUGACCUCCUUCACAGUGAGAACGUCAAACAGGGACGAGACAAAUACAAGACCCUGCGACAGAUCAGACAAGGCAACACCAAGCAGAGGAUCGACGAGUUCGAAGCCUUAUAAGAGGCCCGGGGCCCACAGCCACAAACCCUUUCUGAAUGGUCACUACAUGUCGCCACGAGCUCCCUCUACGGCUGAUGCAAACACACACAAACACAAACUGGAGCAGUAUAAGCACAACAGAAGGCAUGCAUCACUCACUGACACACAACCUGUUUGCCUAGCAGUAUGCAGGGCUUUGCAAGUCAUUUAAAGAAAACUUAGUGCCAAAAUCUUCUCUCUUCUUAGUGUUUCACAUUUUAUUUGUUUUCAAUUGUAUGUACUUUUAAUAAUUCAGACCAAAUCAUUUUGUUUUAACCAGAGGUGUGAUAAGUAGAGGGACUAGCCAAAUUUUAUUGUUAUUUCAUGAUGUGCACAUAGAAUAUGUAAUCAACGCCUCGCUUGUUUUUGAUGUCUGUCAUUUGUUGUGUAGGAAGACGAGGACAAUUUGUCAUUGCACAGCGACCACUCAGAAAGGGGAUAACAGUAUAAGCAGUUUGUUAUUGUUUUCCAUUAUAUUUGAACACUUCCAUUUAUGUUUAAUAUUGCUAUACAAUAGUUUAAAAUCAUGCUUAGUUUGAUAUUUAUACUGUAUAUGGGACAUUAAAAAGGGUAUUUCAUCUUGGUUUGUAUAUUUUUGCUAUCUACUAAUGAUAAAGAAAACAUUUAAUAUGUUAUAAAAGGUUUUAUAUAUAGACCAAUAUAAUAGCAGUCUUAUGUUCCAUACAUUGUCCUUUAGAUCACUAAAUUAAAGAGAUUUAAUUGUAAAUUAUUAUUUUUUACUGUAGGAAAUAUCCAGCUGCAUGCCAUUAAAUCAGUCAAAUAGAUUGCUAUCUAGGUACUUUUGAUUAGUUUUAUUGAGUGCAGUUCACAGCCUGCUCUGGAGUGUCUUUAUCCUCAGUGCACUGUGCCAACUGUAACACUUAGGUUUAAUAUAUUUUAUUUCCAUCUCUUCUGUCAUGUCGCUGUUAAGUGAGAGAAGAGCACAUGUUGUGUGCUUUAUCCUCCCAAGUGGCCUUCCACUCUAGUUUUCCCUCUGCAGGGUGUCAGCCCCAACGCUGGGUCUGCACUUUUAGCCAAGGUGCAUAGUCAAAACAAAUUAAAUAAAUGGAAAUACUGUAAAACUUUACUUUUAGUGUGAAACCACCACUGAGGUUAAAGGGCAGUGGUGAGCAUUAUGAAGAGUUUUCAUUUUGCAGCUUGGUAACAAUGGACUGACACUAGAAACAUACAGCUCUGUUUGUAAAUGAACAGGAUUUUAUGAUGAGGUGGUGAAGAUACUGGCAAUAAAAUAAAAUAUUCAUGAUUACA